UUUGAAUCAUUUACAUGCCAUUUUUGUCUGUGACUAUAAUUAUUGAGGAUGGUAUCAUAGCGUAAUUUAACUUAUCACCCCUGUGCAAAAUCGAGGUAAUCCAAAAUAGUGGGAACAAUUUUUUAUCAAGUUCCAAACAGCUCUGGAAUUUGGUUGUUUUCUUCGUUAGUAUGGCUGAUCAAGGCUCUAAAAAGGCUACUAAGAAGCUAGCAAACGAAGAUGAUCAACUGCUUCCGUUCAUUACCAGCUAUUUCAAAAACUGUGGACUUGUAGGCUUAAUUUUCGGAGCGGGAUAUUUCAACUUCAGCAUUGCCUGGCCUAUUUUUGGACUUCUCAUUUUUAUGUGGAAUGAGAAAAGAAAACGAGCAAGACAGUAUAGAAUCGACACAACACACGCUCUUGUAAAAGAUGAGAAAGCAACUGUCCUGGCCAGAGUCGAUGAACUCCCAUCUUGGGUUUUCUACCCAGAUAUUGAAAGAGCAGAAUGGGUCAAUAAUAUCAUUGGGCAGUUAUGGCCAUUUAUUGGAGAUUAUGUGAAGAAGAUCUUGGUGGAGACAGUACAACCACAAGUGAAAGCCAACCUGCCCUCUGCGCUCAAAUCUUUUGCAUUUGAGACAAUUGACCUUGGAGAUAUUCCUCCCAGGAUUGGAGGGGUCAAGGUUUAUACAGAGCAUGUGAGCCGGGAUGAAAUUGUGAUGGAUCUAGAAAUCUACUAUGCCAGUGAUGCCCAAGUGAAGGUUAACAUCAAGAACAUCACAGCUGGUAUCAAAGAGCUGCAGAUCCAUGGCACAAUGAGGGUGGUCAUGAGCCCCCUGAUCCCAGUGUCACCCCUAAUAGGGGGCAUUACUGUAUUCUUCCUUAAUCCACCUUCUGUUGAGUUCAAUUCUACUGACCUGGGAAAUGUUUUGGAUAUUCCUGGGCUAAGUGACAUUGUACGUAACAUUAUAGAGGACCAGAUUGCUGCAUUCCUUGUGUUGCCCAAUAGGAUCCCAGUUCAGCUGGCAGAGGGUAUUAACCUACAGGCCCUCAGGUUCCCAACUCCUCAAGGAGUUUUAAGGAUGCAUAUCAUUGGAGCAAGAGAUCUAAAGAGAGCUGAUAUUGGACUCCUAGGGAAAGGCAAAUCUGACCCAUAUGCUGUUAUACAUGUUGGAGCUCAGAAGUUCAAGACCAAAGUAAUCCCGAAUACUGUAACACCAGGCUGGAACACAUACUUUGAGGCCAUUGUGGAUCAGAGAUCUGGGCAAUUCUUUGAGCUGGAGAUUAAAGAUGAAGACCCUGGAGAAGAUGACAGAUUGGGAAGUAUUGGUAUAGAAAUUGCCUCAGUUGCUGACAAAGGGGAGAUUGACUCUUGGAUGCCAUUGGGAGAUGUGGAGACUGGUAUGGUUCAUGUAUGUCUAUCCUGGCUACAUCUCACCACAGACCCCACAGAACUCUAUAAGGCAAUUGCUAUGAAUCACCAGGUGCAUACCAAUGAUACCCUAUGUAGCUGCGUCAUCUUGGUUUAUGUCGACUCUGCAGCCAAUUUGCCACGUUCCCGUAAAACUAUGGCUGAGCCAUCCUCAUAUGUUAUAUUGACUGUUGGACAAGAAGAGAAAGUCAAGACACCUAUAAUGGCCGACACGAAUAAUCCACGUUAUGAGAAGUUCUACCAGUUCCUUGUAAAGAACCCCCAAGUACAAGAUGUUGAUAUUGAAAUUAGGGACAAGAAGGGAGGAGACAAGAAGAUUGGAAGUCUACUUGUGCCCAUGAAACAGUUGUUGUCAGCCCCAGGAUUGACCUUAGAACAGCCAUUCAGACUACAGAACUCUGGACCCCAGAGUACUAUCAACCUGAAAUUAGCUUUAAAGAUUCUUAGCCAGAAUCCCCAAGUUCUCCCACCAGAUGAGGGGACAGAUGUUGACAGUGGAAUCAACAUUCCUACUGCCUCAGAUAAUAGUCCAGCUUCAACCCCUGUUGACCAACCUGAAUCCCCUUCUGACCCUAAACCUACCCCAAGUUCACCAGAACCCCGUCCACUGCCACCUACAACACUUAACAAUGAGGAGGAGGCAGAGGUUGAGACUUUGAUCCCUGAAGCUGAUAUGAGCCUAGAGUCACAGGGAGGUGAUCUUAGACAUAGAUCUGUGGGACCAGCUGUACCCGCUGGCAGUCCAACAGGAGGUAGUGGCGCUGGUGUAGCAGGACUGGGGAAGAUACAACUGACCAUAAGAUACAGCACACAGAGGUCAAGACUUGUAGUGGUCAUACAUAAAUGUGUGAAUCUCAUACCAUGUGACGAUGAUAACCUUGCAGACCCAUAUGUCAGGAUAAGACUGAUGCCUGAUAAAUCCAGCAAAAAGAAGACCGAAACCAUCAAGAACCAACUUGACCCCAUAUUUGAUGAAACAUUUGAGUUCAAUGUGAACCAAGCAGAGGCAAGUCAGAGACAGCUGGACAUUGCAGUGAAGAAUUCUGUGGGAUUAUUCUCUGGGGCAAGGAAAUACAUGGGAACGGUUUUAGUGGAUCUUAACCAGUUUGAUCUGACCAAAGCAGUAACAGAAUGGUUUGACUUGGAAGAACCAGAAGACAAAGACUAAAAUGCUUCCAUAGACUUGCCAUACUACAAUAUGCACCUGAACAAAACAUUAACAGUCAGACCAAAAUACACUACCAGUAGCUUAGAUUCACACAAUGGCUUGCAACAAAGGGAUAGAGAUCUUGACUAAACAUGCACAUAGAAUUUAAUGAGUCAUUCUGGAAUAUGGAGUAUGGAAUAUGAAAUUUUAGUUCUCUGAAUUCAAUUUAGUUCAAAUACUGUUGCUCAAAAACAUUUGUUUCUCAUAAAUGGAAAUUGUCAAAAAUAUGCCAAAUUGUUAGUUAGAAAUUGUCAAAUUGUUAGACUUGUACGGUAUAGGACACUGUUUUUCUGUUGAAUAAUGUUCAAUGAGCCUGAAAAACAAUAACAAUAUGGAGUAUGACAAAUCUGUUUGAUAUGGUGGUCUAUAAAAGUGUAUAUAACAUAACACUGUAUCUAAUAUACUCUUAGAUAUCAUAUUCAUGUAAUAUUUCUACAUAAAGUCUAAUGAAUGUAUGGUAUAUGUUUUAUAUUUGAAGUUUUGAAUUUUAGCCAUGGUUUUAAUUUAUGUACUUUCAAUUCACAUAUGUUACAAUGAACUUAUUGUCAGUAUGAAAUCCUAUUUUAGUUACCCACUACCCUUUUUCUCAUAUGAUAAUUCACUAGAUAUACUUGAGUAUAAGCACACGUUCAGAAUUUAACCCCAUGCCAAGUUUGAUUUGGUCAGCUUAUUUUUCAGCAUGUAUAGAAAAAACAGAUUGGAUUUAUAAUUCAAAAUAAUUCAUAAUAGCAACUUGUUCAUAAUACAGUUUUGACCAGUAGAACUAUAAGUUCAUCCUAAUGAUACCCCCAUCCCAUAGAAACUUACUUUUAAGGUGAU